AUCUGAAUCAGUAUGUUUUCUUCCCUUUGGAUUUCCGUCGUUGACCGAUGGCCACCCUUCGUGAUCGAAGUAGGAGGUAGUGUUCUGCUACAACUCCUCCUGUUACUCUUAUAUUUUGGUAAAUCGUUUGUGUUUCAGUCGAAAGAUAGACCAGCGCUAUUGCGCUGUCUUCCUCUCUGUUUGUCUAAUAUCCUCCUUGCGGGAGUAUCCCAUGGGCUUUUUCUUUAUUUUCUUUCCCGUGUUCGGGGAGAUUCUUUUUGGAGUAUGUCGUUAAGUGAGGUGUCGAGUCAGCUUCCUACGUGGAAGCAACUACUGAGCGGAUUUGUUCGAGGGACUAUCUAUUUCGAUAUCGUCUUUUACUGUUUGCAUUGGGUCUUUCAUCAAGGAGUGGUUUAUCGGAAAAUUCAUUCGGUUCACCACCGGUUCGUUGAGAGUGUGUCUUUGGCGGCAUAUUACAGCCAUCCUGUGGAGUUUGUGCUUGUCAAUUUUGGAAGUGCAGUGUUGCUUUCCUGGUUGAUGAGGGCGCAUGUGGUGUCGCAGUUUCUCAUGGGUGCUCUGUCCCAGACAAUUGCUCUUUAUAUUCAUGAACAAGGCGAGAUUGGUUGGCUCCUUGUGUCGCAUGAUAUGCAUCACUUGAAGCCUUGGUCGAACCUCGGGUCGAUUGGGUUGAUGGAUAGUCUCUUCGGUACGCUUGAGAGAGUUUCCCCCAAAUCUAAUUCUGAUGAGUCUGGUUGGGCGGCACCUCGCGCAGCAAGGCGUGGUGAGCGUGCGGCACCAAAGUCUAUAAGAACUGAAUAAGGCGUUUUUAAUUCGUCUGUGAUAUCUUUUUUUUGAUUAAUUUGUGAUAUACGUGAAGGGUGUUUGCUAGUCAGGUGUUGCGACAGAUGGUUUGCACUGGACCCCAUGGGAGUGUACGGGCGUGUUGUCUCACCUUUGUGCGCCGUGAUUAUCCGCAUUUUUUUCUAUGAAGUCCAAACUAUUAAUUUUGACGUUGAAUGUUAGGUUACUAUGCUUGGCAGAG